AUUCCGGGACAAGAGGAAGUCAGACCCUGGGCCCUGGGCCUGGGCCUCUCUGUACCCUGCUCAGGAGAAGGGGGAAACCAGGGGCCUGUUGGGGGCUCGGUCUCUCAAUCUCACCAAGCAAAGGAAGCCAAGAUUUCUCAGCUGAUGAGGCGCUAGGAAGUUCAAACACCAUUGUGUCUGGGUCCUGGACCGGUGAUCUGGAGAGAGCUCUAACAGGACCCAGGUCUCCCUCUAGGGCAGGAUGGCCCAGGACCUCAGUGAGAAGGAGCUGUUGAGGAUGGAGGUGGAGCAGCUGAAGAAGGAAGUGAAGAACCCACGUGAUCUGAUUUCCAAGACAGGAAAGGAAAUCAAGGAUUAUGUAGAGGCCCAAGCAGGGACAGACCCUCUUCUCAAAGGCAUCCCAGAAGACAAGAAUCCCUUCAAGGAGAAAGGCACUUGUGUGCUAAGCUGAUGGCCCACCCUCACCACCAUCACCCUCUCUGUCCCUCCUCAGCCACGCCCAAGUGUACUGGGAUACCUAAGGACCAAUGUUUUCUUCCUCUUAGACACAAAUAAAGAUGCUGAGAAAAAGCAA